AUGGUCAACGCCAAGGUCAUGAUCCUGUCCGCCCUCGCUGGCAUCGUCGCUGCGGGCGAGUACGCCGAGCCCCCGCACCACUCUGAGCCCACGCACCCGGCGCACUCGACCGGCACGCACCCUCACGGCAACCACACCGUCACCACGACGAAGGUCGUCAGCCGGUACACCACCUGGUGCCCGGAGCCCACCACCGUCUGCAUCGGCAGCAAGACGUACACCGUCACCAAGCCCACGACCCUGACCAUCACCGACUGCCCCUGCACCAUCACCGAGACGCACAACAAGCCCACUCAGGCAGUCACUACGCCUGUCCAGCCCGUCCAGCCCACCAAGGAGACGCCCCCUCCUCCUCCCGUCAAGCCCACGAGCCCCGUCGUCGUUGCUGGCGCCGAGGGCCGCGCCGCCGCCUAUGGCUUCGCCAUGGCUGCUGCCGGUUUCGUCGGUGCUGUUGCCCUGUAA